UGGGUGUUCAUCCCGUGGCUGCAGUGUGAAUUGGACAGGUAUCAAGACCGUGUCAAUAACACUGCAAAGAGACAUGAUCAUAACAAGGUUCUCCCUCAUGGUGUGCCAAAUCUGAUCUAUGAGUCCCCUGAAGAAUUUGGCGCAAUGGAUUUUAAGAUAAGCUUUAAUCUUCCUGACGGCAUAGAUCAUGUGCACCAGGUAUAUGUCAAAUCUGAUCAUCCAGUAUUUGACUUGGUGCCUCAGGCACUCGAUCACUUUAUUCAGUGUUGUUAUGAUGACCUUGGUCGGCCUCCAGUCACCCGCCAAUCAGCUUGGCACAUUUACUUGGAUUUACUUCACUCUCUCCGA